UAAUACCCCUCGUCCCCGUCCUCCUCACCUUGCACGCCCCUCCUCCCCCUCGCCCCCCCAGGGCGGCCUCGUCGGUGUUCACGGCGCUGGCGAACUGCCAGGACGCGGUGGAGGUGACGAGCGAGGAGCACCUCAUCCAGUACGUGAACCCGGCGUUUGAGCGCAUGAUGGGCUACAGGAGCGGGGAGCUCGUGGGCCGCGAGCUCACAGAGCUGCCCAAGAGCGACAGAAACCGCGCGGAUCUCCUCGACACCAUCACCUCCCGCAUCAAGAAGGGCAAAGAGUGGCAGGGCAUCUACUACGCGAGGCGUAAGAACGGCGACACGGUCAAGCAACAAGCGAAGAUCAUCCCGGUCACGGGGCAGGGCGGGAAGAUCCGUCACUACGUGGCGAUAAAGCGUCCGUGCGGGGACAAGCGCAAGCAGGGGGCGAGCGACACGGGGAGAGACGAGCGACUCCCAGGGGAUGCAGAGCCCCACUCCCAGCGGCACAAGGAGCGCAGGACGGGCUCCUUGGACAUCCGCUCGGUGACCUCCCGCGGCAGCGACGGCAGCCUCCAACAGCCGAGGCGGAACUCCUCGAUGGCGCGGAUUCACUCCAUGACGAUAGAGGCUCCCAUAACCAAGGUCAUUAACAUAAUUAAUGCGGCCCAGGAGAGCAGCCCGGGCUCGGUGUCCGAGGCCCUGGACCGGGUGCUGGAGAUCCUGCGCAGCGCGGAGCUCUACUCCCCACAGCUUGCGGACGCGGCGCCAAACCCCCACACCGACCCGCACACCAGCGACCUGCUCGGGGGACUCGUCACGGACGGACUCCGCAGGCUCUCGGGGAACGAGGUCAUCCUCAACAAGAGCUCCAGCCAGCACGUGGCCCCCGCGCUGGCGCUGACCGCGUGCCUGGGCGACGCGCCGCCCUGCGUGGCGUUCAUCCUCGACGCGGAGGAGACCUGGGACUUCGACAUCUUUGAGCUCGAGAGCAGCACGCACAAGAGGCCGCUCGUGUACCUGGGCCUCAAGGUGUUUGCGCGCUUCGGGGUUUGCGACUUCCUCGGCUGCUCGGAGGCGACGCUGCGCGCCUGGCUGUCCCUCAUCGAGGCCAACUACCACUCGAGCAACUCGUACCACAACUCCACGCACGCCGCAGACGUGCUGCACGCCACCGCAUACUUCCUGCGCAAAGAGCGGGUCAAGAGCUGCUUGGACCAGGCAGACGAGGUGGCGGCGCUCAUCGCGGCCACGGUGCACGACGUGGACCACCCGGGGCGCACCAACUCGUUCCUGUGCAACGCGGGCAGCGAGCUGGCGGUGCUCUACAACGACACGGCCGUGCUGGAGAGCCACCACGCGGCGCUCGCCUUCCAGCUGAGCACGCGCGAACGCGCCGCCAACAUCUUCCGCAACAUGGACAGGAGCGAGUUCCGCACGCUGCGCCAGGCCAUCAUCGACAUGGUGCUGGCCACGGAGAUGACCAAGCACUUCGAGCACGUCAACAAGUUCGUCAACAGCGUCAACAAGAUGGCUGCGGCCGGGGGCACGGGGGACUCGGUGUCCCUGAAUGGGAGCAGCAGCGAGGAUGACUCGGGUGGGGGGCCGGGCCCCCCGAGCACCCCCGAGAUGCGCCUCCUCGUCAAGCGCAUGCUCAUCAAGUGCGCCGACGUGUGCAACCCGUGCCGCCCGCUCGCGCUCUGCGUCGAGUGGGCCGGGCGCAUCUCGGAGGAGUACUUCGCACAGACGGACGAGGAGAAACGGAAGGGGCUGCCUGUGGUGAUGCCCGUGUUCGACCGCUGCACGUGCAGCGUCCCCAAGUCCCAGAUCUCAUUCAUCGACUACUUCAUCACCGACAUGUUCGACGCGUGGGACGCUUACGCGGAGCUGCCGAACCUCAUGCAGCACUUGAGCACCAACUACCGCUACUGGAAAGCGCUGGACGACCGCAAGCUCAAGUCACUGCGCCCCCCGCCCGAGCAGUGAGCCGGGCAGGGAGAGCGGCGUGAGGCAGCGGCCGCGGCCGUGGGGAUGCUGAGGCCGCCCAGAGGGGUGGACGCGGCGAGCGUUCCUGGGCGAACGCCGCCGCCGCCGAAGGAAGGACCUGGAGUCACUUGAACAAAGCUCGGCAGGCCCAGGCCGCCCUGAGCUGUGGGCAGCACCUACCUCCGUGACAUCUUGGGACUGGGCGGAGUUGGGGAGAGGCGCCUUUGGUUUCCCCACGAGCCCCCCACGGCGAGGAGGAAAAGGAGAGGACCCCCGAGGGCGUCCCCCCGGCCCAUGGCCUCCUCUUCCACCACCCCCUCCCCACCGCGUGCCCCCCCCCCCCCCUGCAUCGCGGCUUCGGUGGCCUCCCCACCGCGUGGCCUCCCCCUGACACCCGUGGAAAGAGGACGAGGGCCCAAGAGGCCAUGGGCUGGAGCCCCCCAAUGCGCGUAUACUGAGCCCAACUUCUCUAUAGACUGGAGCACCCUCCGUUUGGAUUGGAGUGCCCCCCCCCCACCCCAGGUCUGCCAUAGAUGGGACCUUGUGGGCCAGCUUGAAGUGGGGGGGGGGGGGGGGUGGCAUGGCACGCACGGGUCCAGGAGAAGGGCUCCUCCGCGUCUUAACUUUCACAGCGAGGGGGUCUCGGGGAGACACGGGGAGACACGGGGGACCCCAGGAAGAAACAAGGGGCAUGGGGACCCUGCUGGGCAGACACGGAGACCCUGAGGAGAACCAGGGACCCUGGGGCAUAGGGACCCUGCUGGGAAGACACGGAGACGUUGCUGGAGAGACACAGGGACCCUGGGGGACGGGGCUCGUGGGCGUCUCUUUGUACGCACACGGCGCAACACACUGGACUGUAACACGGAAUUACGUUGUUGGAGUGUAACGAGAUGUUUUGUACACGACGCCCGCGCCGUAUUGAAAUAAAUGAUACGAACGCUG